AAAGAAGAAGAGGAAGAGGAAGCGCAGCGACCGGACUAAACACGUUACUUCAUAAUAGCAACAGAGAAGCUCUCAAGUCCUCUUGUUAAAUCUGCAGACCAGUCAUCUGAGGAAAAUGUCCAGACUGCAGAGUCUGCGGGUUUUCAUCUACCAGCGGCUAACUGCGGCAGUGGAGGAGAUCAUUGUGCACUUGGAGAAAACAAUAACCGAGUCUGAGGAGGAGAUGGAGAGCCGCCAUCGCAAGCUGCUGGAUACAGUGUCAAACCCUGAGGAGAAGCUGCUCACAGCAGUGGUUUCUGCAGAAGUCCAGCAGCAGCUGGUGAUUAAAGAAGAGGUUCCUUCUGAGCAGCAGGAGUGGAGCAAUAGCCUGGAACAGGAGGACCCAGAGCACCUACACAUUAAAGAGGAAAAACAGGAUUUCUGUAAUAGUCAGGAGGUCAGGAGCCCGCUGCAAGGACUACAUGAGGAGGACAUCCCCAAUUUCCCAUUCACUCAUGUCCCUGUGAAGAGUGAGGAUGAUGAAGAGAAACCAAUCUCCUCACAGCUUCAUCAAAAACAAACUGAGGAGAACAGCGAGGCAGAGCUUCCAGCCAGCUGCUCAACCGAACCGAUGAAAACAGAAGCAGAUGGAGAGGACUGUGGAGGAUCAGAACCAGACAAAAACUUAGUAUCUGGUUUUAAAUGUCUAUCUGGAUCUGAUGACAAUACGUCAAACUCUUCUGAAGCUAUGACUGAAGACAGUGGUUGCGAUUGGAAGGAGAGCAGGAAACCUCAGACAGAUUUAAGUACUAUGAAAAAUAGAGUUCCUGUAAAUGACAUGGGACGUAAUACUGGCAAUAAAUUGUUUAGUUGCUCAAAAUGUGGCAGAAGAUUUGGCCAGAAGCACCAUUUGCAGGCACACAUGAGAUGUCACACCGGAGAGAGACCCUUUGGUUGCUCUCUCUGUGGUAAACGAUUUGCACAGAAAGGAAAUCUGACGCAACACUUGACAGUUCACACGAGGGAGAAACCCUGUAGUUGUCCUGUUUGUGGUGAGAGAUUUGCACAAAAAGGAAAUCUGACGCAACACAUGACUGUCCACACGAGGGAAAACUUUGUUGGUGAGAGAUUGACAAAAGGAUUCUGAGAAGACAGAAUUAAAUUUCAGAUUCAGAAACUCAAAGUGAUGGCGGCAGCAGUAAAAGAAGCGUUCGCGUUGUUGGUUCAGGAAAAGUUUUCAGCAGCAGUGAACUUAUCACUUUUUUACCAUCCAACUCAGGGCUUUUGUGUAUGUAGGUGAACAUAUUUAUUUACCUACCACGAUGUGAGGUGUCAUCGUACCUGUACGUGGGUGGGAAUGGUAUGUAACAGAAUAGUUGUACAUGUCAUUUUCAACAAACGCGCACAGCAACAGGCAUUCUGCAAAUACAUUUAUGUGGAGAUAUCCUGGUUUCAGUAUAAUUUUACACACAACAAAGAUGUAAAAACUCUCAGAAUGUUAAUAUUUUUCUACAUUUUGGAGAAAUGUGGUGAAAUUCCUCACUGUAAAUGUGCCUGGAGUCACACGCCGGCGCCUUUUUCCUCGCACGUGUGCAAGAGGUGGGUGUGUGCAUAAUUCAUCUGGAUCAUGGGAGGUGGGGAUUUGCCAAAAUUGUGACAACUUAGUAGACUUUCAUGUGACAUGUGGGGUUGCGUGUUCACCUUUGGUUAUAUUGCUAUAGCUAUUGUAAGGUCAUAACUUCUCUGUCGUGUGGCAGUGCUUGGGGCCCAACCCUGAGAUGGAGGAAACUCUGCGUUUUCCGUUCCAGGAAGAGAGGUCAUUUAAACGCACUAUAUCCACAGGAUUAAAGUUGAUUGAACUAACUCAGGUAAUCAACUCAGUUAGUCAGUUUGUUUAAACCUGCUUUCUAAAACAGGCCCCAUAUCUGCUAAAGGUGAUGUUCAUAUUCAAAUUGAUGUUUUGUCCCCAUUUCCAUUGAGACAGGUGAACUCAUGCUGGUCAUGUGCUGUGGAUCUGUUUCUGUGAGGUUAAUUGUGUUUACACGUCCUCCGUAGAUAUUUGAAGGACUUUGGUGGGUAUAUUUGAUUUGUCUAUUUACAAGGCUGACUAGUCGUUGACCUUUCACUAAAAACGGGCAGCUGGACUUGUUAAGUGAACGAGCUGCUGACCGUGAUGGAAAUGAUUCUCAAAAUCAGCAAGAAGUAGAGAAUAAUUCAGUAUUACAGUUACAGUCUUCAGGUGAACCACUUGUAAAUUUCUAAAUAUUUUACAAACUAAGAAAACAUGUCAGUGUUUUAUGUGGGUAAUGCUGCAGUUUUGCGUUUAUCCAAAGGUUUAAAGAUGCUUUUAUGAGACUAACCGGUUGUAAAAUUGUCUUGAUCGAUACAUGUAAAUAAAAUCUGGUAAAUUAUGUUUAAAA